UGUGAGUGACGGAAGUGACGUCCUCAUAAACUUUAAAAAAAAAGCAACUUCGGUUGACGAUUACGAGGUGAUAUAAAGGGUGGAAAGAGUAGCUUUGGGGCCGGAAGUGGGAAAGCUGUGAGGGGUGUUCGUGAGGAACUUUUCCGUCUGCUGGGCAAGGAGCGAGGGUCUGUCGGAGGAGGAGUGAGAGAAGGAGUGAGUGGCGCCCUCUCCUCCUCCCUGAGCCUGUGCCCCUUGUGGGGAGGGGAGCAAAGAGGCUAUGGAGCCCAGGAUGGAAUUCCAUGAUAUCCUUACGGUGGCAUCGGAACAGCAAGGACUCAGCGCAAUGCCGAAAAGAUACAGUUUGGCAGUAGGCCCUCCCAAGAAGGAUCCAAAAGUAAAAGGCGUUCAAUCAGCAGCUGUACGAGCUUUCCUCAAGCGGCAAGAAGAGGAACAAAAGAGAAAAGUUCUUGAAGAAAAGAGAAGAAAAGAAGGACUUCUAGCUAAGCGUGUGGAACUGAAACAUGACCGAAAAGCAAGAGCUAUGGCUUCCCGGACGAAGGACAAUUUCCGUGGCUAUAAUGGCAUUCCUGUUGAAGAGAAGCCUAAAAAGAGGCAAGGUCGUGAAAGCAGAAGCACAGAAGGAGAUGAAUGCAUGACAGGUGAUGAAAUGGAGCAAUUUGAAUAUAAUGAGACAGAAUCUGAGCAUGAAUUGGAAGAGUAUGAAGACAAGCCAUGCAAAACAUUGGUGAAUCCAAAGGCGCCUCCCAAAGGCGCACCACCGACAAUGAAUUUUAGAGAGCUUUUAAAGCUGGCUGAAAAAAAACAGUAUGAACCAGUUGAAAUAAAAGUUGUGAAAAAGACAGAGGAAAGGCCCAUGACAGCAGAAGAACUGAGAGAGCGAGAGUACUUAGAGCGCAGAAAGAAAAAAGGGGUUAUACUGAAAGAGAAAAAAGUGGAAAAAGAAACAAAACAUGUAACCACAUCAGGUUCUUCCAAAAAAGAAUUUUCACAGAAGGUGCUUGUAAAUGCUAAACCCCUUAAGCAUUCAACAAAUAAGCAUUCCUUAUCUAAAGGAAGCAUUUCCUCACAAAGUGAUACUGAUAAGAAAUCAAAAGGACCAUCAUUAAAUGAAAAGCAUUCAAAGUUGUCAUCUUCUAAACCCAACCACAAUGAGAAAGCAAAACCUGCACACAAGGGACCUUUAAAAAUUGCAUCUAACUGCAGUCAUAUUAAAUCAGCCUCUAAUGGGGGUGGAAAAUCUGGAUCUAACUCCCAUGCUCCAGUCUUGAAAACAGCUACAAAUGGAACUCUUAGACAACCAUCUGCUAAAGAAACUAGUCUGAAAAAAGCUACUAGCCAUUCAAAACCAUCCAGUGUGGCUUCUGCCCAACAUGAAGGUGUUAAAAAUCCCAGGUCCAAGCCUACAAGUAGCAAUUCAGGCACAGGAGGACCUCUUCCACGAGCAAAGAGCAGUUUGAGUACAGGUCCAGGUCGGCCAAGCAGCAGUUUGAUUGUUGGACGUGGGUCACAAGGCAAUAGUUCAGGCAUGGGGCCUGGGCGAUUAGGAAGCAGCUCAGGAUCAGGGCAACGAAGCAGCAGCUCAAGUGUAGGACCUGGCCAGCCAGGCAGCAGCUUAGGCAUAGGAUCUAGCAGUUCAGGACCAAUGCGUUCCGGAAGUAGUCAAAAUAUAGGACCUGGCCGGCCAAGUAGCGGUCUAAAUACUGGGCUGGCAAGAGGUAGCAACUCAGGAUUGGGACCAGGCCGGCCAAGCAGUAUUUCUGUUGGAAUUCUAAAACCAAAGUGCACAGUUGUAUCAGAAACAAUCUCAUCUAAAAAUCUUGUACCAAGGCAAGGUAGCAGCCAGAUGAAUGGAAUGAGACCAUUUCCUCAUCAAAGAUCUGGGAUUCCGCCACCAGGUUUUCCAAGACCUUCUCUUCCACCUAUUACUUCUAAAAGGCAAUUUGAAGAUGAUGAUGAUGAUGAAUAUGAUUCUGAAAUGGAAGACUUCAUAGAUGAUGAAGGAGAGUCCCAGGAAGAAAUCUCUAAGCAUAUUAAAGAGAUAUUUGGCUAUGAUCGGAAUAGGUAUAAAAAUGAAAGCGAUUUUGCCUUACGUUACAUGGAAAGCACCUGGAAAGAGCAACAGAAAGAGGAAGCCAAGAGCUUGAGACUUGGAAUGCAAGAAGACUUAGAAGAGCAGAGACGUGAAGAAGAGGAAUUGAAACGAAAGAAGCAGGCAAAGAAGCUGAGAACACAUUAAUCAAUUUGCCAUAGCUCUGCUUCUCUGUUCUUCCAUUUUCCCCCAUUCUUGUUCCAAAUUUCAGCUUUAAUUUUCCUUUGCAUAUGAAAGGGUAAAAAACUGAGUAGAAAAUGGAAAUGUAGAAAUAUGGUUCUUUAAUUUGACCCUCAAAUGCUUAUUUUAAUACUUGCCAAGGUUUCUCUUCUUUAUAAAAUAAAUGCACUAAUUGAAAAGAAUAUAGAUGGAAUUAAAGUGGAAAUAAAUGUUACUAUUGCCUAAAGUAGUUUAAGGAUGCAAGCAGACUGACUGACUAUGCACUGGCUUGCAGAAAGUGAGCCUACACACCAGUAUGCUAGUCUGCUGUCUUCAUUUUACUUAAAAAUGGAAUAAUGUUGUUCAUGUUCUCUUUUAAAAGAUAGUUGUGUCCUGAGUCAAGAUUCUUAAAUGUAACUUUCUGUUCAGAUCAAGCACAGAUGGGGGGGGGAAUAGCCGAUGUUCUUGAAGUUGAAAGCAAUAUUAACCUGUCCUGUGAUUCCUGUUUGGAGAAGAUUAUCUGAAAAAGUAACAUUAUAAUGAAAAAUCAUGAGAAUUGACUUCACAAACUAAUAGACUGAACCUAUCCCCGGGAAGUAGCUUUUGUGGAAUAAACAGCCAGCAGUGUCUAGCUUGAGGGAAAGAGGCAGCAUCAUGAUACUUGACUAUGUGAAUCUCAUCCUCCUGUCUUGCGAAGCUAACUUGCUGAUUCUAGUGAUACAGUGCUGUUUCUCUGGCUUGUUGUAGAGCCUAGGGAAAUUAUGUCUACUCCCACGUGCAUUGGUUUGUCUUUUUCUUCCUUGAGCUGACGCUGAGAGUCAGUCCAAUGCCUGACUGCUGUGCAGAAGAUUGAAUUGGACUAUUUUGGUCAUUCAGAAAUUAUUUCAAUAAGAAAUGGGACCAAAUAAUUAGUUUGCCUCUUAGGACUGAACUUUAUUGCCGAAAAUAAUAAAAAAUUAUCCUGGGAAAUGCAAUUCACAAUGUUUUAUAUAUCAUUUCUAUGACUUUGGCUUAACUACAUUUUAGGAAUAUUUUUAGAAUAUAUACAUUUACUCCAAUUUUUUCAGUCUCCAGGUUUUGAUUGUUCAUGUUGUAUAACAACUCCAAAGCCUACCAGUGUAUAUUACAACUAGAUUUUUCCAGCACAGACACCAGUUCAAUCUAUAUUCCUCUGAUUGUAGACAUCUUUAUAGUUAUUCUCAAUCAUUGCUUAAUAAAACAGCUGAAUAGAAUCCCAGCAGAGAAACUUUAUCAAGAGGUCAUUUUUUUCUGUUUUUGAAACUUCGGAUACAUACUGAUUUCAAGUUACGCACUGCAAAAAUAACAAAGUUGCCCAUAGUCAUUGUGUGUUGCAUGCAGUAUCUGUUUAUUCCAUUUUACAGAAUUGUGCUCUGGGAAUUCAGCCUCAUGUUUCAUGUUUAUUCCUCUAGUACCCAUGAUGUGCUGUCAGCAAAAACCACAGUUAUAUUUGCUAAAAACUGCAUCAAGUCAGGCCUGUAAAAAUCUUAAUAAGUAUCGGGAAUGAAGGAAUUUUCAUUCAGGCAUCAAAAUGGCAAGAAGUGGGGGAAAUUGGAGGAAGUAGAGUUUCAUCAGGACAGUUAAUGUAAAGAAAACAGGAGAAAGAACCUUUGGUUAUAAAAUCCUUCAGCCUUUUUUUAGUUCAGUCAGGUGGUGUUUGCUGAAAUGAAACAGGUGGGCAAUUGCUACAAUUAGCAUAGGAACUCUAACUUAAAAGUUUACUGUGAUCACUAGUGUAAUUUUCCCCAGAAUUGUCUAUUUUGCAUCUUGCAUACGAGUCCUACAGAGGCACCCAUUUGUCUUUUUAUUUAUUCAAGACAAUGACUGUUGGAAACAUGACCAAGUUGCUGUUCAUUUUAUAAUUAUUCUAAUGUGAGAGUAUCUAAAUCAUCAGCUCAGAUAUAGUCCUCAGCAGGUCUUGGAAAUAAUAAAAAAAUUGUAAUACCAAAACUCGUAACAGGAAUCUUUAUAACUCACAUGCAUGUUUUAACCACUUCUUGUAAGUUCUAUUCAAGACUGUAUUCUGAAACAUCUCAGUGUUACUUCUCUUGUAGAAGAUAACAACCUGUAGUGCCAAUCUUCUUCACUCUACUACUGUAAAACUUUCAAAAUAUACAUUUGCCAUGAACACCAGAAUAAUCAUUUAUUCUAAAAGUAGUCUCCCAUAAUUGUAUUCUCUUUUCAGAUGAUGUGCUGUUUAACAUGUCUCUUUGCAUUCUAUGCAUGUGGUAGGAAAAACAUUCCUCCCAUCACUUUUCUUAUUUCUUCCCCUUAUAUAAAAAAAUGACUAUCUGAAUGAUUCAUUAGUCAAGUAGAAUACUCAACAUUUCUCCCAAGGUAUAUAAAGCAUUGAUGGAAGGCGGGGGAUGGAAUAUAUUCCUUUCUUGGGUGUUGGACUUUGAUAGUAACUUAAUAGAUUGCACUAGCAAAACUCUAGUCUCAGUUGCUGAUUCAGUUAAGUUGUUGGAAGAUGUGCCUUUUAAAACAUAUUUUACUCUUUCCAUGAAUGUAGGAUGAAGAGUUCGUUCUGCUGUCACUUUGUUGAAGUUUGUUAAUGUGAAAUGUAGUUUUUUACAAAGCCCUGCCAGGUCUUGCUUUGCACCACUAGGGUAGUUAGUAUUUAUUGAUAUUACUAAGUGAAACUUAAGGGCACUUUGUAUUUAAUUAAAACUUCAUUUUGAAAUUGCCUUCUAUCUAUUUUAUUAAAGCUGUACUUACACUUUUUACAACAGUAUCUGUCAGAGGCUAGGACAGCAUGACAGGAAAGUCCAAGUGAAAACUUUGAUCUGUUCAUUAAAGUAGAACUCUUUAAAAACGCAUGAAACCUUAUUUUUUUAUAAGCCCCCAUUUUUUAUCUAGCAUAAUUAGUUUUUAUUUGGCUUUGGCUUUUUGUGACUUUAAUUACUCCAUUUCUACAUAUAUAGCAGGAGACCAAAACUCUGGAAAGAAAAUACAGUCUUGAAGAGACUAGUAAAUAAAUUGUGAUGACUAUGUUAGAUUUCUAUUUUUAACUUUUUGAGUCAGAGUGAUACAAUCAAGUGUUAGCAUAUAACUGAGGAUGCUUCUAGAAUCUGUUUUGUUUUUGUGAAGCUCAUUGUGUUUAACACAAUGUGACAAAUCAGGUAAAAACUGUUAGCGUUACUGUUUUUUCCAGUGCUGUCAGAGUGUAUGCUUUUGCACAUUCAUAGUGCGGUCUGAAGCAAGUUAUGUAUAUAAUAAAUUGUAGGCAUUAAACAUUUUAUUGAAUUUUU